UGGUGCGUCACGCGUGAUGGCUGCCGAAGGGAGACGAUGAGAAACGGUAUUAUGACCAACAUCAUAAAGAGCGGUAUGGUGACCGCACUAGCGGGGUUUGAUCUACGGAGGCCUGCCAGCCGCACGCCACGCCAGGCAGAGGUACAUCCAGCUCAAUCAGGCGGAAAUCUACACGAGUCGUGUGGAUGCAGUGUUUGUUCAGCACGGGGCCGUCUGUGUACCGGGACAAGUAUACCCUCAGCCAUUACGUCGCAGCCGGAGCUGUCACCGGAGGCCUUUUCAGGCUGAACCUGGGCCUUUGAGGGCUGGUGGCGGGGACCGUCAUCGGAGCAGCGAUGGGCCGACCGCACAGAGCCAGGAGCAGGUUAGAGUGCGGUUGUGAGCGCGAGGCAUUUGAUGGCGUAACAGACCAGAGGGGCCGGUUGUGAUUGGCUCUGCGAUCGUGGGCUCCACAUCAGCGCGGCCCCAGUCUGUUCUCCCAUCGGCCGUAAUGCUGCCAUCUUGUCCUCCUCCUCCUCCUUCUCUCCCUCUCACUGUCUGUCUCAGUGACCAGCCACAUGGAGCGUUUGAUGCGCAAACAGCGCCAGCUCCGGCUACGCCAGGUGCAGUCAGGGCAGAAGAAGGGGGUGCGGAACAAAAGGAGGCUGCUAUUCGGAAAGGACAUCACGCUCCAGAUGUCAGCCCAGAGUCAGCUCCUUGUCCUGGCACGUGGAGGAGGUGUGACUGGAAGGUGGAGCAGGGCAGGGGGAGCUGCAGAGGAGGGAGUGGCUUUGUUAGAGACAGCUGAGAGGGAAUGGGACACCAACUUGUUACAGUUGUGCUUCCCAGGGGCGCUGUGAUCAUCAGCGUGCAGUCUGUGGCCGGAGAAGGUGUCCGAGAGAGGAGGAGGAGAGAGCGCAGGGAGCUGUAUGAGCUGAGACUGGCAGAAUGGACGGCCCGUUUGCAGUUGACGGAUGAGCUGAUUGGAGAUCUGAACGUCAGCUGCGAGGCAGAGGAAACUCAUAAGGACAUGCAGAGGAUCCAGGAGCUGCUCAGGUUACCACAGAAUGAGGAUGAAGCCCAGGACUCAAGCAGCCAUUGACAGUAGCUGCCUGCUGGACAUUGAGCAACUAGCCUCGGCCCCUGGUGUAAACAAGAUGUGAGAGAGCAACAGCUGCGGCCUAGGAUACGGCAGCGACCUCUGACGUGCAGACGGACGGCCAAUAGAGACGGACCGAGGAGACGUGACCGUCCAGAGCGCAGCUCCUUCAGUGGCGAGAGGUGAACUUUCAGGAGGCCAUUAAAGUGAUCCAGCGUCUGCUCCUGGGCCAAAUCAUCCUGUACAUCCUGUAGAAUUAUGACCCGGACGACCAUAGAAGUCUUUGCAUGGUGUACAGUGACGCCACAGCAAUGUCGCUCUCCACCUUCAGACUGACCAUCCUCCAACAUCUCUAUUACUACCACGUCCAAAGAACGGGCAUGAAGAGACGAGUGGCCUUGUGUCACAUGAUCUACAAGAAGGGUCACGUCAGGGCCCAGGGCACCUACAACGAGUUGUGCUCGUCGGGUCUGGACACGGCGUUCCUGCUGCGGACGGACGAGGAGCGGGAGCGACGGUCUCUGUCACUGGGUCCAGUGGUUACGGAGCAGGAAGUCAUCACCGGGACGGCGGAGACCCCCAAAGUCAACCCUGCGCAGCAGCGGCGAGGCCCGAGCCACGGCAAGGCGCGGCACCUCUCGCUGCCUCUACCUGGCCCGCGCGUCGGAAGGUGUCGGCCAAGGGGGGCCAAGCAGAAGAGGAGGUGCGAGAGAGACGAGGAGAAGGACGACACAGAGCGGCCGACAGGGAGAAGAGGCGACGGAGUGCGGCUGACAGGGAGCAGAGGCGGGCGACAGGGAGAAGAGGAGAGCGAGUGCGGCCGACUGGGAGAAGAGGAGAGGGAGGAGAUCGAGUGCGGCCGACAGGGAGAAGAGGCGACGAUGUGGAGGAGCAGAGGAGGACGGCGGCGUGCAUGGCCAACAGUUUGCUGGGGGCGAACCAUCAGCGUUGGAGGAGAAGGCGAGCUGGAGUAGGGUGCCUACGAGGUCGUGGACUUGUUCUGUGUAUGCCAAGAGGCUGUGGGUGGAAAUGCAUGUGGCUAAGGAAGUGUCGUGUGUAUCGGUCUAUAUUUCUAUGUUUUGGCAUGUCUAUGUAGAGACAUAUGUGGAGAUGUGUGUACCAAUGGAUGUAUGUCCGAAUAAAGACCUGAUCUUAUAUCUGUCUGCGUGUGAAAUGAGAGAGUGUGGUUGGAAUGAGAAAACGAACACAGGGUACAAGUGUCACGUUUUAUUGGCAAAUGGAGUGAACAGUUGUAUGUGGACAUCAAUAAAAACAGGGGCAACUCCGCAGUGGAGUCAUGUUCCGGAACAGAAGCAGUUGUACGUGUGUCUUUUUGGCAUGUGGAAGCCGACAUGUAGCAUGACAUGAAGACAGCUCCCCGUAGGUACUGUGACGCCCACACGGUGGAGAAAUGGAUGUGUCCCCUACACAGGACUGUUUGCCACACGACACAUGACCCCACAGGACUGUUUGCCCCCCUGUACAGUAGCAAAAUUUCUACGGGAGGCCCAAAAACACUUAUAUAUAUAUAUAUAUAUAUAUAUAUAU